AUGAUCAUUUGUAAAAAGAAUAAUAAACAUGUAGAGUAUGGUAGUUUUCUAGUUGAUAAUCAGUUGUUUGACAAAGUAGAUUUCAGUGUUAGAGUUAAAAAUAUUAGGAAUUGGUCUAUCAAAGCACUACAAUUUGUUGUUGAAAAAUAUAGUGAUCAAAUAGAGUUGUUUUUAGAGUUGUUCGAUCGUUACGAUACCAAUCGAUCUCUACCACCAUUGCCAUUCAACAAUACAGUGUUAUCAACAGCCAUUAGAUAUGCUACCACCACAGACUUUGAACUUGUCAAACAACUGUUCAAUCGUUAUCCAUACUCGAUCGACGCCAACACCUAUGGAGAGGCAGCUGCCUGUGGAAGAAUAGACAUUCUAAAGUAUCUUUUAAUAAACCAUCCGGCUGCACCAAACAUUGGAAAGCAAGCAGUCAUAUCAGCAUGUAAAUUCAAUCAAUUGGAAUCAUUGAAAUUCCUGGAUCACUAUGAAAAGAAGAAAUUGGAUGAAUUAUCGAUGUUUCCAAUUGAAAAGAUAGUUCGUUUCAAUGUUGAAGCUAUGGAUAUGGCUGUGAAAAGUGGUGCAACAGAGUGUUUCAACUAUUUAAUGGAGAAUAGAAGUGAAGGAUGUACACAUCGAUCAAUUGAUCAUGCUGCAGAGAUAGGAAGUGUAUCGUUAAUCAAAAAACUAAGGUCAAACUAUCCAGAUCUUUGUUGUUCAACUCAAGGUUUUUCGGUUGCUGCAGAGAAUGGACAUCUUGAAACAAUUAAAUAUCUACUGGAUAAUCGAAUUGUACAGGGUCAAGGUUAUUCGCAAAGUCAGGCUGUAACGAAAAGUACGAAUCGUCUACCGAUAUUCAAGUAUCUUGUGGAAGAAGCACGUCAGCCAUUUCAUAUAGUCACAGCUGAAAUGAUCAUUCGUUGUCAAUUGGAAUUCCUAGAGUACCUUUUUAGCAACAAAGAUCGAUUUAAAAAUCAAAUUCACACUGGUAUGCAACAUAUGGUGUUGGGUGCCGUCAUUGCCAACCGCUUAGACUUUCUAGAGUACAUUAACAAGCAGAAACCUUUGAAAUCGUAUCUAUCGGAGCUCAAUAUAUUGCCAGUUCACAUUUUGAGAACCGAGAACGUGGAGAUUACCAAAUUCUUCUUGAGAAUCAGUCCAUCUAUUUUCCCAAAAGUAAUGACAUCGUCGGUCAACUUUUCCGAUCCAAAAAAACUGUAUCAAGUGGUAACAACUCUCUCUGAACACAAUAUCACAUUCAAUCCCAAUGUAGCACGUGAAUAUGUUUGUCAGGUAUCGGUGGAAAUGUUCCAACACUUUGAAAAGAAAUACAAAUUCUCGAGCCGUGGUAGCCACUAUAUCGAUUUGGCUGCGACCAAAGGAAAUCUAGAGCUCUGUCGGUAUCUCUACGAACAAGGAUAUCCAGUUGGCAAGCAAGUCAUUGAUUACGCAUGCAUUGGGAACCAUUUCGAUUGUCUAAAGUACUUUUUGGACGUGGUUUUCAAGGAACCGUUGACGGAUCCAUGGGUAAUCAACUAUGCUAUUCAAUCAGACAACCUCGAGCUUGUCAAGUACAUGGCCAAUCGAUUUCCAUUGCUCCAUCCAACCAUCAACGGCAUCAACGAAGCCAUCAAGAAAAAUAAUAUUGCAAUGCUAGAGUUCCUAAUAGACCGCUAUCAAUACCAAUUAUCUCUGAUGGACCAUUCAUCGAAAUUCACACUCUACUUUAAUGAUGAUCUCAAUUCCGAUAUCAUUCAUUGUGUGUGCACCAAAAUACCAUAUCUAUUUGAACUAUCAUCAGAUUCACUCCACAACAUAGUCCGUAAAUCAUCCAACUUUGAUUCAAUCAUCAUUUUACUACACACUUUUAAACCGAAAUUGAGUCAACAACUUCUUGAACAAGUUGAAUCUUUAGAUACUCUCAAUUUCCUACUUACAAACUCUGACCCUAUUCCAAAUCAUUGGAUUUCCUCACUUAUCAAUUACGCAGAUCUCUUUACUUUGUAUCAUAUUUCAAAUUAUUUAUCUUUAUACCAAACUAAACAAUAA